CCCAUGCAUACAGAGCAUCCAACGGUCAAUUUGGUCAGGGCGGUAGAGCUCUGUCGUCCUCUUAACUGUACCACCAACCCCAACUAUCGUUCAUAUAAUAACACAAACCCUAGAAAAAGCCUAAGCGUUCUUUAAUCUCCAUUAUUAGCAAACAUAACCAUAAUAACACUCCAGAUAAAGCCGAAACCUUCUUUAAUUGUCAAUUAUUAACUAACAUUGCCAUAAUCUCACUCUACUCUAUUGUGCUUUCUCUCUGAUGAUGCUGUAACCUCGUUAGUCGGAAUAUUGGAAAAAAAAAAAAAAGGGAAAAAAAAGGAGAGAGAGUAGAGAGCUAAGAAGCUCUAGAAAUCAAAAUGUCAAACGAGGCAAGGAGUGGAGGAAGCCUUGGGAAUGUCGAAGACAGCGCCGAAGCUAUUGUUGUCCCUAGUCUCCGUCUCCUUGUUCUCUCUCCUUCUCUUUGUCCGUCCAAAUCACAGGGCUUCUUCUUCACCUCGCAGUUUCUCCCGAACCGCCGGUCUCGAAAACCCAUUCCCUCCUCCUCCGAGGGUUGCCUACUUCAUCUCCGGCUCCGAAGGUGACGGACCUCGCAUCCUGAGGCUCCUCCACGCCGUCUAUCACCCAAGGAACCAGUACCUCUUGCAUCUUGAUCGCCGAGCUCGUCAGCGGCAGCGAGAGGACCUUGCUGUUUCUGUCCAGUCUGUCCAAGCCUUUGUUGCCGCCGACAACGUAAAUGUCGUUGGUCGGGGGGAUUCCGUCAAUCGUGAGGGCUCCACACCUGUUGCUUCUCUGCUCCAUGGAGCAGCCAUCCUGCUCAGGUUUAGUAACCAAUGGGACUGGUUCAUCAACCUUGAAGCCUCGGAUUACCCGUUAAUUCCUCAGGACGAUUUUCUUCAUGUCCUGUCUUUUGUGCCCACGGAUUUUAAUUUCAUUCAGCAUACUAGUAACAUUGGUUGGAAAGAGUACCAAAGGAUAAUUCCGAUAGUGGUUGAUCCAGGCCUCUAUCUUGAAUCAAAAGGUGAAUUGUUCUUGGGUAGUGAAAAGCGUAUACUUCCAACAGCUUAUAGAUUUUUCACAGGCUCUCCAUAUGUAAUCCUAAGUCGGAAGUUCGUUGAAUUUUCCAUCAUGGGAUGGGACAAUCUUCCAAGGACACUCCUCAUGUACUUCUCCAAUACAAAAUCUUCACAUCGAGGCUACUUUCAGACCCUUGCUUGCAACUCCAGAGCAUUUGUUAAAACUGUGGUCAAUUCCAAUUUGCAUUUCAUUGCAUGGGAUAACCCGCCAAGGAAAGAGCCCCGGAAUCUCUGGAUGUCUGAUUUGAACAAAAUGUUGGGGAGUGGAGCUCCUUUUGCUGGAAGUUUCCGCCCAAAUGAUCCAGUUUUGGACAGGAUCGAUUCAUUUGUAUUGCACAGGGGCCGGGGAAGGACUGCUCCAGGUGGAUGGUGUAUUGGUGGGCAUGAGAGAGGCAGAGAUCCUUGCCAGCUCUGGGGCGAUGUGAAUAUACUCAAACCUAGUAAAUCUGCCAAGAGAUUUGAAAAGCUACUGCUGAGGUUGAUGGCAAACACAACCUUCUGGUCAAAUCUUUGUGCCCAAAGAUGGAGGAUUACUGGAUAAAUAUCAUAAAAGAAGUUAUAAUCUGACAAUCAACAUAGAGAUAUCUCAGUUGAAAUUGUUUUAAAUUGUAUAUUUCUAACCAUUUAAUGUAAUUUGGGGAAGAGACUGGAUUCCACUUCUAGUUUCAGGUGUAAAACCAGGAGUUAUUCGGGCUUUUCAGCAAUACACAAUCUAUAUAUGGUUAGUAUUGUUUAUUUUUUAA